AUGGCUGAACGAGCCCUAGAACUUUUGGCUUUGCCUGAAGACAAACCCGCUUUUCUUUUAGACAUAGGUGAAGUGGAUAUAUUCUUGUUCUCAUUUUCCGCGAUAGUUAAGUGUUUUUGUACAGGAUGCGGUACUGGCAUAAGCGGUAGUGUACUUGCAGCCAAUGGUCACGCCUGGGGACGAGGGACGAGAGCGGUGUUCCAAUUCUAUCCGGAAAAUGAGCAGCAGUCUGCUUUGAUAAUGUCUCAAGCUACUAAAGCAGGCUUCAAUGGAGGGCUUGUGAUAGACUAUCCAAACAGUGUCAAAGCAAAGAAAGUUUAUCUCGUCCUAAUGACCGGAGGCAUCGCUCAGUUGCCAAAAGCGCUCACUGGUGAAGAAGAAAUGAUGCAGCAUCAUGGUCAAAUUGAAAAUACUGGCAGGUUUGUGCAGUUUGUUGCAAGGCAUGAAAAGUAA